AAUAUGUGUGCAAAUAAUAGAAGACUGUUUAAAGAUUGUACACCUGAGAGAUCGUGUGCUUGAACACUCCACCGCUGGAGCUGGGCACAUCAAAAAGCACACGUAAAACAUCUCCAUCAAUAAUCAGAAAAUGUUUUCAUAAAUGUAUUUACCGGCCUCACUACAUUAACCAUUUUCAUCUCAUUAUUAAGGGUCUUUGAUGGACGUCAGCCGUUAUUGAUGGUUGCAGACACUGACAUGGUCAAAACAAUUAUGAUUAAAGAGUUUUACUCGUGCUUCACUAAUCGAAGGGAAACAAAAAAAGAUUUGAGUGGACCGUUUGUGGAUGCAGUAGCUACGGUGAAAGAUGAAAGAUGGAAAAGAAUUCGUGGUGUAAUUUCUCCGUUGUUCACAAGUGGACGACUCAAACAGAUUUUUCCAAUAGCAGAACGAUAUGCCAGUCGUCUAGUAGAUCAUUUGAAAAAGACAGACCUGAAGAAGCCUCUCCAAGUAAAGGAAGUUCUUGGCCCAUACAAUAUGGAUGUUAUCAUCAGCGCUUCCUUCAGUGUCGAGAUCGACUCCAUUAACAACCCACAGGACCCAUUUGUCAUCCAUCUCAAGAACUUUUUUCAGUUCAGUUUCUUUAGUCCUGUCUUAGUGAUAACAGCUUUGUUUCCAUUUGCAGAGAGGAUAUUGGGUAAAAUGGGUUUCAGGAUGUUCUCAAAGACAAGUAUGGACUUUUUUUACACCUUCCUCAGGAAGAUUAAAGACCAGCAUCAUGCUGAAAAGAAUGGGCGAAUGGACUUUCUGCAGCUCAUGAUCCGAGGUCAGAUGUCAGAUGAUAAAGCUGAGGAGACAUCAGGUGAUCGGACAGCUAAAGGCUUAACUGAUCAUGAGAUUCUGUCCCAGUCCUUUUCUUUCAUCCUUGGUGGUUAUGAGACAACCAGCAACACACUGACCUUUCUAAUGUACAAUCUGGCAACCAAUCCAAAUGCUUUGAGGAAACUAGUGGAGGAGAUUGACAUCACGUUUCCUAAUAAUGCCCCUGUCACAUAUGAGAAAUUAAUGGAUCUAGAAUAUUUAGACAUGGUUAUGAAUGAGUCCCAGCGUUUGCUCCCUACUGCACCCCGUACUAUGAGAGCAUGUAAGAAAACAGUCGAGGUAAAUGGAGUAAUCAUUCCCAAGGAUACUGUAGUUGGAAUUCCAAUUUAUGUUCUACAUCAUGACCCACAGCACUGGACAUCACCUGAGGAGUUCAGACCUGAAAGAUUCAGAAAAGAGAAUAAAGGAGACAUCAACCCCUAUGCAUUCUUGCCCUUCGGUCUGGGACCACGAAAUUGCAUUGGAAUGAGAUUUGCCCUCAUGGUUAUGAAGCUUGUUGUGGUGAAGCUGCUUCAAAAUUUCCAACUGGAGACAUGCAAAGAAACUCAGAUCCCCAUUGAGUUGGAUGUAAUGUACCGGCCCAAAGUUCCUGUCACUCUUAAUUUUGUUCCACGAUCUGUUGGGGAAAAGGACAAGUAAUAGAAUGAAGUUCCGGGAGAUGCAUUGCUAGCUAUAUGGCUCACAUGAAAUCAGUUUACUUCUAUGGGUUAGUCUGAAUGAAUAGCUCAAUGCUGUGAUAAGUAAGCUUCAGAUCAGAUAUUACUGUUCCUUAUUCACAACCACUUAACAAUAACUGGUAAUCGUAACCUUUUUACUUUUUUCGUUUGUAUUUUGUAUUCUUUU